AUGGAUCUUCGCGAGCAGCAGUCGCUUCGGAAGCUCGUUCCACGCCACCUCCGGAUCCGCCGGGAGCGCGGCGACGCGACGGAACCGGAGGCCGUCGAGUCAUUUUCCCUCGGGAAGCUCGCCGGCAAAGAGGGUCGUCAAAGGGAGAACGGCGUGAGAUCCGAGAACGACUCCGAUGCGGAUGAGGCGGUCCUCGAUAAGGGCAGGCGCACGACCCCAUCGUCGGAUCCAAAACAUUCCGCCGUGAUGACGACGGCAGGAAAGGCUGAGGGUGAGCUUUCGAAGGGAUCUAAAAUGGAUUUCAAAAAGCGCUUGGCUGAGCAUCCGGAUACUAACGCUCGCAGUGGUGUAGUCCUCGAUUCCAAUACCACCACUAUCACCACUUCUGCGAAUUCAGUAUCGCGGAAGAAAGCAAAGCGGAUGCGAAUGAAUGAGAUGCGGUCGCAUAGCGAUUCUUCAAAUGCCGAUGGUAGUCCAGCGGCGGAUGGAGCUCUGCAAUCCGCUUUACCACAGCCACCUACCGAUGAGAUACGCCCGAUGAAUAAAAUGCAAAAAUUGGAUCAAAUGCGAAUGGCAGCAUUGUUUGGUAAAAAGAAGAAAUACUGA